AAGAGGGGCUGGGCAAGUCAAAAGUCCUGCCGACUGACUGACAGCUCCAAAGAUAUCUCACACACUGAUUCAUCAGAAGUUCAUAUUCAUCUGACUCUCAACUCUCUUGCUGCGUCGUCAAUCUCACUCAACUCUGAGCCUCAGUCCUGCCUUCUUUUUGCGUCAGAAUCACAGGAGAUUGUCUCCGGUCGAUCAAAUCUCCAACUUCCAAGCCCUGUUUUCAACCCCGAAACACCUUUGAUCCUCCACUAAAACCAAGCCUCGCAUCCCUACCUCUUCGGGCGCCGAUUCUCCGAUUCUCACCAAGCUCGAUUCAGCCAAGGGCGACCCUCACUCAACCAAGCAUAUACGCCCUCUCUUUUAACUGAUUCCCCCGUCGCCUGAGAAUCACUACUUACCUCGCAUCGCAAUCCAGAUUGCUAUACCGUCACCCUUCACCCUCGCCAUCGUCCUCCUCCGCCUCUGCUAGACCACGACAACGUCCUCUUCCGCGUCCUUGAACAUAUUUUGUCUUCUCCGUUUCAAUGAGCGUUUUGACCGUGGCUGGGACCCAGAUCCCAGACCCGAGUCUCUCCUACGGCUAUUCAGCAUCUGCCACCGCCGUUGCCUCUUUACCCAUGCGGCCCACGCCUUCAGCGCCCCCGCCAGCAGGUUCUUUUACUCGAUCAGAAAGACAAUCAACCUACCACGAUCCUCGGCAGCAGGCCUCCCAUUAUCCUCCAAUUCAAAAUCUCAGUCAUCAUCAACAUACAAGAACCAUCUCCUCUACAAUUCUUCCUGCUCCUGCAUUCCAAUCUCCGUCCUCCUCACCCGCCAGACGACCCAUCGACGCACAUCCUCGAGUACCUUCAAACUCUUCGCCAUCUGCCCGUCCUACCCAAGGAUACGGUCGUGGGCCUUCUGCACCUUCACAUUCUCGCCAGUCGUCGGGGUCCAACACGAUCAACAUGCAUCGACAAGGGACCACCGCGUCCACGACGAGUGUCCCUCGCCGCUCAACCUCUGGCCGAUCAGUCACUACAAACAAUCCCACGUCAUAUGUCGCUUUGAUGCGAAGACAAAAAGCAACCGUAUGGUGUGAUCGCUCUCAAAAUAUUGACCCUCGAAUGGCGGCAGCACAAAAGAUGGCUAAGCAGCGGGCUGCCAUGGAAGUGGCUGGAAUUUCCAGUUCAGGCCGCACCAACACUAUCACAUCGGGCGGCGUGGUGGGAAAGAUUAGGCAUGGCGGAGUCCCCAAAGCUCCAGGAUAUGUCCCCGCCAACCUCAACGGUGCCACGGUACCUCUACGACUCAGCGCCAACGAAAUGAUUGGUGAUGAAGAAACAGGGUUGAGUCAGGGCGAGAACAGCAUGGUUCAUGGACGAACUGGAAGCGGCAAGAGCAGUACCAACAGCGCCAAAUACCGAAGUGGAUAUCCUCGAGUGGACGGUGCCCGAUUCAGCACUGGCACUCCUCCCAGCGGUGAAGGAUCGUCUGGACGCAGUAUCCCAGAACAAGCUGAAGAUGGAAACCAGCAAGUCGAUCAUGAGCAAGACAGACGAGAUUCUGAGGAUUCUUUUGGAGAAUUAAAAGACAUGUCAGGACCCAGCGCGGUUAGACAAGCUCUCGAAAAUGCCAAAAAGGCCGAAGACCUGCGGCGACGAGGUAGUGUGGACGAACGAACGAUGAGCAUGGGUACUGGAGUAAGGUUAUUUGUGGCCAAUCCGGAUCUGGACGACUAGAUGACGACUAUUUUACUUUUCAGCGAGUUUUUACAGACAGGCUGUGCCUUCUGGGACUCGUGAGGCAAGACGUCUUUUUCACGGUUGGCAUAGGAAACGGGACUGAUCAAGGCAUGGCCGAGCUUAAUUCUAAGGCUGGGCUAUUGAAUGGGAGCACGGAGUUUCUUUAAUGACAGGACCCAGGACAAGAUUCUCUGGGGAUAGCCGUUCAAGCCAUGAGCGAGCAUUGUUGAGGUUAUUACGUCUUGGAUCUGAUUUGGUGGGCACAGGAGCAAGCUUUUUGUACCAUAAUACGGAUAAUAGGGUGAUCCAUCAGACUCUAUCAACAUGUUUACAUUGAGAUAUCUUGGAAGGCAUUCUUGAGCCGCUGGUCUUGACCAAAGUGAGAACUGCCG